AUGACUUCCAAAUCCACCGUGAGAAGCCAAAGCAGCAGCUGCCGUGUCUUCAGUGCCGGCUCAGCCAGAGUCCCUGGGGUCGGCCGCUCUGGCUUCAGCAGCAUGCCGGUGUCCCGCUCCAGGGGCAGUGGUGGCCUCACUGGAGUGGGUGCAGGAGCUAGCUUUGGCAGCUGCAGCCUCUAUGGCGUGGGGGGCUCCAAGAGGAUCUCCCUCAGUGCGGGCAGCUGUGCCCUCGGUGGCGGAGAUGGCGGCAGAGCUGGAGGCGGUCUCGGCUUUGGAGGUGGAGCCGGGAGUGGAUUUGGUUUCGGUGGUGGAGCUGGUGGUGGCUUUGGGCUCGGUGGUGGAGCUGACUUUGCUGGUAGCUAUAGGGGCUCUGGCUUCCUCGUCUGCCCCCCUGGAGGCAUCCAAGAGGUCACCAUCAACCAGAGUCUCCUUACUCCCCUCAACCUGCAAAUCGACCCCACCAUCCAGCGAGUCAAGACUGAGGAGCGGGAGCAGAUCAAGACCCUCAACAACAGGUUCGCCUCCUCCAUCGACAAGAUGUGGUUCCUGGAGCAGCAGGACAAGGGCCUGGAUACCAAGUGGACCCUCCUUCAGCAGCAGGGAUCCAAGCCCGUGAGGCUGACCCUGGUGCCUACGUUUGAGCAGUACAUCAACAACCUCAGAGGGUGGAAGGAAUCUCUCCUCUUCUUUAGUGGCUUCCCGGAUUCAGAACUCAGACACAUGCAGGAUCUGGUGGAGGACUUCAAGAACAAGUAUGAGGAUGAAGUUAACAAGCGCACGGCUGCUGAGAAUGAGUUUGCGGCUCUGAAGAAAGACGUGGAUGCCCCCUACAUGAACAAGGUGGACCUGGAGGCCAAGGUCAGCUCUCUGACCAAAGAGACCAAUUUCCUCCGGGUGCUCUUUGAGGCAGAACUGUCCCAGAUGCAGACCCGGGUCAGCCACACAUCGGUGAUCCUGUCCAUGGACAACAACUGCAGCCUGGACCUGGACGGCAUCAUCGCCGAGGUCAAAGCCCAGUAUGAGGACAUCGCCAACCGCAGCCGGGCUGAUGCUGUGUCCUGGUACCAGACCAACUACGAGGAGCUGCAGGUCACGGCAGGCCGGCCCGGAGAUGAUCUCCGCAACACCAAACAAGAGAUCUCUGAGACGGACCGGAUGAUCCAGAGGCUGAGAGCCGAGAUCGACAACAUCAAGAUGCAAUGUGCCAGCCUGCAAACAGCCAUCGCCGACGCGGAACAGCACGGAGAACUGGCCCUCAAGGAUGCACGGGCCAAGCUGGUGGACCUGGAGGAGGCCCUUCAGAAGGCCAAGCAGGACAUGGCACAGCUGCUGCGUGAGUAGGAGCUCAUGAACAUCAAGCUGGCCCUGGACAUGGAGAUUGCCACUUACAGGAAGCUGCCAGAGGGCGAGGAGUGCAAACUGAGUGGAGAGGGUGUUUCUCCAGUUAAUGUCUGUGAGUAUGACAUCCUCUUAUAUGAAGAGGAGCUCUCCCUGCAGCCCUCUGCUGAGAAUGAGUUUGUUGCCUUGAAGCAGGAUAUGGACACAGCCUUCCUGAUAAAGGCUGACCUGGAGACCAAUGUGGAGGUUCUGGUCCAGGAGAUUGACUUCCUGAAAAGCUUAUAUGAGGAGGAGAUCAGCCUGCUGCAGUCUCAGGUCUCAGAGACCUCCAUCAUUGUGAAGAUGGACAAAAGCCAGGAGCUGCAGGCGGACGGCAUCGUUUCCCAGAUGGAGGCCCAGUACGACAAAAUCGCCAGCAGCAGCAAAGCCCAAGCAGAGGCCUGGUACCAGAGCCGGUAUGAGGAGCUGCGGCUGACAGCCGGGACCCACUGUGACAACCUCCACAACUGCAAGAACGAGAUUCUGGAAAUAAACAAGCUGAUCCAGUGGUUGCAGCAAGACAUUGAGAAUGUCAAAGCCCAGAGCUGCAAAUUGGAGGGUGCCAUAGCCGAGGCAGAGCAGCAGGGGGAGGCGGCCCUCAACGACGCCAAGUGCAAGUUGGCCGGGCUGGAGGAGGCCCUGCAGAAGGCCAAGCGGGACAUGGCCUGCCUGCUCAAGGAGUUCCAGGAGGUGAUGAGCUCCAAGCUGGGCCUGGACAUCGAGAUCGCCACCUACAGGCGCCUGCUGGAGGGCGAGGAGCACGGCCUGCAUGAAGGUGUUGGGCCCGUGAAUAUCUCUGUGAGCAGCUCCAAAGACAUCCUCUACGAGCCAAGUGUGGUCAGCACACCCAUGUACUGUCCAGGGGACACCAGUGUCCUCAAGAGGAGCGGGGGCCACAGCAUCAUGGGUACCAGUGAAAUCUACAUCCCCUGUGAGCCCCAGGGGCUACUGGGCUGUGGAAGCAGGCAGAACUUCAGCAUGAAGCUAGGGGCUGGAGGUGGCUCCUCCUGCCACAAGUGUUAG